UUUACGACUUAAGGGGUGUUAAUCAGCGGAUGACCUUCCAGUCCACACGUGUUUUUCUUGUUGACAACAUGAACAGUUUGGUUUCUAAGUUUAAGCCCGUCAUUCCUUCUAAAUGGCACCGCCUUACAUUACUAUGUCCAGCUCAAAGAAGUAGAAUUAUCCUGGUGAAUAGAAUGAUUUCUUCCUGGCGUUCAAAUUCCAAUUCUGAUUGGAAGAAAGCUGUGUCUGAAGCUGAAAAGGUGGUUGGAUACCCUACCUCGUUUUUAAGUCUCAGGUACCUUCUGAGCGAUGAACUGUCUAAUGUUGCCCUUCAGAUGAGAAAAUUAGUCGGAACUCGUCACCCGUUGUUAAAGACAGCCAAAGGCCUACUGCAUGACAGCAAACAGAAUCUACAAACAUGUGGUCUUAUUAUUCUUCUAGUUGCUAAAGCUGCUGGCUCCUGUCCUAAUUCCACUCUUGAUGACACCAGGGUUGGUGGAAUUUACCCAAACCAGCGCUGUCUUGCUGAAUUAACUGAGAUGAUUCAUACAGCUACUCUUAUUCAUAAAGGAGUUUUAAAUCUGAAGACAGUUGACAAAAGUGAGAAACGCAAUUUAGACUUUGGUAACAAAAUGGCCAUUUUGAGUGGUGACUUCCUUUUGGCCUCUGCAUGUUCUGCGCUUGCUAAAUUAAACAACACAAAAGUGGUAGAAAUUAUAUCAGAAUCAAUUAAAAAAAUUAUGGAGUCCCAGUUUACCACUUUCGUUGAUUCUGAUGGCAAUGGAAUUUUGAAAGAGACAAUUACAUUUAGUGACUGGCGCAACCAAGCUUAUCUUUCUUAUGGUAAUUUGCUUGGAUAUAGCUGUCAAGCUGUCACACUUCUCGCUGGACAUGGAAUUACUGUACAAGAAAAUGCUUACAAAUUUGGCACCAACCUUGCAUAUGCACACCAAAUUUCUCUGCAGACAUUUGCAGUAUCAAUAUCCUUAAUGAAACCCCAGUUCAGCUAUGUGAGUAGACAAAGUCAUAUAACUCAUAAUUUAUACCAGUUACUGCCCAAACAAAAUUUCCACAGAAAAUGUUUCAAAGAAUGUUGCAAAAUGUAUUUCAAAACCACCUUGAAAAGAUUGGAAUUGCUAAACAGUUCACAAAAACAUUACAAUUUUUGAGAACAAUAGAGCGACCACAGGAAUAACAGAGAAUCAAAAGAAUUUUAGGUUCAGAAUGCCCGGGAUAUUUUUGCAUCCCAAACAUUGCUAU